GCAACGGUUCUGGACGGCCGCACGGUGGCAGCAGCCUGGGAGAAGGAGCUUUUGCCAGAUGUCCAGCACCUGACGGAGCUGCUUGGUCGACCUCCGGGUCUGGGUGUGGUGCUGGUUGGCAGCCGGCCGGACUCCAUGCUCUACGUCACCAAGAAGCAGGAGGCCUGCCAAAAGGCGGGCAUGCAGACCUUCGUUCACCACCUUCCUGAGUCGGUCACUCAAUCCCAGUUGGAGGCGGCCGUGUCGCUGGCCUGCUCGGACUGCCGUGUGGACGGAGUGCUCAUCCAGCUGCCCUUGCCCCGCCACCUCAGUGAGGAGGCGGUCAUGGAGGUACUCGACCCGAGGAAGGACGUGGACGGCUUCCACCCGCUAAACAUGGGUCGCAUGUUAAUGCGGGGUCGGGGGGUGCGGCUGGUGCCCGCCACCCCCCUGGGCUGUGUGGAGCUGCUGCGGAGGAGCGGGGUAGAGGUGCAGGGCAAGACGUGUGUGGUCCUGGGCGACAGCAACAUCGUGGGCACCCCCCUUGCCGCCAUGCUGCGGGACAAGGGCGCUGCGGCGGUCACCAUCUGCCACCGCAGGAGCUACCGAGAGAGGGGGAGUGUGACGCAGGUCGACACCGCCGCCGCCGCGGCUGCCGCGGCUGCUCUCGUCCGAGGCGACUGGGUAAGGCCGGGCGCUGUGGUCAUAGACGUGGGUAUUAACGUCGUCAGCACACUACCUAGAACCAGGAGCUCCGCACCGGCGGCGUCGGUGGUUGGAGAUGUGGCGUUUGACGAGGUCUCGCAGGUCGCUGGCGCCAUCACCCCGGUACCAGGAGGCGUGGGUCCUAUGACCAUUGCCGCAGUGCUGCACAACACCCUCAAGGCAGCCAAG